AUGUCUCCAAACCUAGAACUUACCUCCCAUAUCACCCUGCCCCCUUUUACGUACCCAACGCUUCCACCAGAGCCUUAUACUACUCGCAUGAUCCGUCUUUUGCCGCAUAAGGAUAAGAGUGCUCCGAUACAGUGCAUGGGAACGCACCUGUAUCAGGCCCUUUCUUAUGUAUGGGGAAGUGAAGUGAAGCCUGAAUCAAUCAUUCUAAACGGCUGUAUUUUCCAUGUCACGACGAAUCUUCAUGUCGCACUUUCACACCUCCGAAACAGCCUAUUUGAAAGAAUACUGUGGGUUGAUGCAAUAUGUAUCAAUCAGGAUGAGGAAGAUCAGGGACAUGAGAAAAGCAAGCAGAUCCCACUUAUGCGGACCAUUUAUGCACAGGCCGAACGCGUCAUUGUCUGGCUUGGAGGUGCUACCGAAGAUGGUGAUAAAGCGCUCGAAGAGAUUCGUUGCCUUGGAGAGUCCGCAGACAUUUGGCACGAUCGAGAACGACAACGAUAUACAAACUCUAUUCUGGAUAUUCUAGAAAGCAGUUACGAAGAGAUUCGUAGCCCUGGAGAGGCCGCAGCAAUUUGGUACGAGGACGAUCCCGAUCCUAUCGAAAACUCUGAUGCGUGUCUGCGGUUGCUACAACGAGAUUGGUUUAGCCGUAUCUGGGGGAUUUUUGGAUUUUCCAAGCACGAUUGGACCUGUCGCUUAUCUCAUAAGAGGUGCAUUUUAUCGCCCAAAAUACGAGCUUGGUUCACGCGGGUCUAUCUCUAUGGGGGAGCUCAUUGGAAUGUUUAA